AUGGCGUUUGACAAUUCUCAUUCAUCGAAAUAUACUCUCUUAGACGUUGGCACAAAUAAAGCUUAUGCAGUUGCGACUUGGUUAGCAUUUUUUCUUCCGAAAUUGAAUAUCAACCAGGCUGUUUUAUACGAUUUUCUCCUGCGAAAUCCAGCGUUAACUGAAACCUGCGGUUCAUGCAAUGAUUGCAAAGAUGCGGCAUUUAAACGAAGAAAUACUAAACUAAAUGUGACGUUAACUAUUCAUGCGUUCGAACCUCAACCAAACACAGUCGAAGCUCUGAGAAGCGUACAAAAUUGGAUGAAUAUCAGUGCAAGACACAAUUCUACAUUGAAUAUUCAUGGUAUGGCAGUCAGCAAUUAUGUCGGCAAAGUUUUAUUUAAAAAAUGUAAUACUGGUAAUGAAGUAUGCAGUCUGGACGUAUCGCACACUUCACCUGAUCAACAAGUUGAGAUCAAUGCAAUAACAUUAGAUCAUUUUGCUGAUAAAUACAACCUGUCAGUGGUAGAUAUAAUUAAAAUCGAUACUGAAGGAUUCGAACCAUUGGUCUUUCAAGGAGCCCAACGAUUACUACAGCAACAUCGCAUUCGAUUAUUUAUUUUCGAACACUUGAAAAAAGCUGCGUGGCUGAAUACAACACUACAAAUGGAGACAUCCAAAUUUACCCAGUUAGGCUACGUUUGUUAUAUCAUAGGUAAAGACGGUGUCAUACGUAUUAGCAAGUGUUGGAAUGAUGAAUUCGACGUUCAACAUAGUAAUAUCCUGUGUGUUUCAUCAAAAGACACGGACUUGUGGAAUAAUAUCGACCAAAUGAGAUUAAAUUCGACACUACCGGCCGCAUGCAAUAAACUUUAG